UACAAUUCCCGUAAGUCUCAUGGUACGCUUUUAGCUCGUGCGGAGAAUGUUGCCGUCACAUGAGCUUUAUUACUGUAGUGCAACUGGCGAGGCACAGGUUCUGAAAUGUCCACAGACACAGAAACUCGGAGAAGGACAGUCAGUGACAACAGUGAUAUUCAAGAGCCUCCGCGGGACCAUGGGUGAAGUCAGAGGUUGUGCUGCUGCUAAAGGUCACCUUCCAGGCUCCUGUUGUGACCGAGUGUGUAUGGAUCACUCAUAUUCAGAGACCCCCGAAUGUCACCUGAAUUUGCCCUGCAGCCUCCAUUCCUGUGGCUCUUUCACACUCAAACACAAAGGACACAGCACACAUGCAGCUGAUGGGAUAUGGGAAGAAGUUCCAAGCAAGACCACCAUAAGUGCUGAGAAUGAGGUGGAGGCACAGAAACUUGCCAAUAAUUACAAGUUUGGAUUCAGAAAGUGGAAGAGCCAUGUGACCGAGAGACCCUUCGAGGACAGAUCGGAGAUUGUGAAGGAGCUCUAUUCAGAGCUCAACAUCAUUAAACCAAACACAGGCUCUUUAAUUACCUGUGGCAACGUCCUGUACGUGUUUUUAUUUGGCUGGUGGAUUUCUCUGGUCUACCUUCUCAUUGGUGUGCUGAUGUUCAUCACCAUUAUUGGAGUCCCUCAUGGGAAGUUGUGCUUCAGACUGUCCUGUUAUUUUCUAUGGCCGUUUGGAAAAGCAAUAGAAAAGGUGAGUGGCUCACAGUCUAGUUUCAGUGUAAUGCUCCACAAUGAUGGUCUUUUGGAGAAUCAUGAUGAAGGGAAGGUAACCUCCCCCCUCCUGCUGCCUACUCCAGUGGAAAACAACGUGGAGGAGCAGCGCAGGCCUCCAGAGCAGCACUACUGGAAGCGGGUGAAUACGUACGUGUGGCUGUUUCUGGGAUAUCCCCCUCUGGCUGUGGCUCACUGUGUGCUGGGGCUGUUCUCCUGGCUUCUGGUUUUCACCAUCCCUGUGGCCAAAAUGAGUGCCAGGACUUUGAGGACCAUCCUGCUAAUGCCUCCCUGAGCAAGUUCACAUAAGUUCCGGAAGGAGGGUGAGGUGCUACUUAUUCCUGAAGAGGAAGGGAAAGCCAUCCUCUGCUGCUACCAUGCAGUGAAUGUCUACUACUACAAGUACACGGUCGAUGGGAUCAAUGUGUUUGCCGUCAAUCUCCUCCCUCUAGUUGUCAUCUCAAUGGUGAUUGGCUAUGUGGACCAAGGCAACCAGGUUGUCAGCUCUGAGGUGAAGUUUGCCACAGCAAUAAGUUCCAUCAUUCCAUUAUCCUACUAUAUUGGUAUGGGCAUAGCCAGUAUAUCAGCGCAGAGUAACUUUGCAGUCGGGGCAGUGGUCAACGCCACAUUCGGCUCCAUUACUGAGCUGACCUUUUACAUCACAGCCUUGUUAAGGGGCCAUCGCCAGAACAGCAAGUGCUUAGAGGAGAUUGUGAAGUCAGCGUUGACAGGCACACUGCUUGGAUGCAUCCUCUUUAUUCCAGGGAUCUGUAUGAUCAUUGGUGGGCUGAAGCACAGGGAGCAGAGGUUUAACAGUCGCUCAGCAGGGGUCAGCUCCUCACUGCUUUUCAUAUCUAUCGGAGGUGUGUUUGCCCCCACACUGUUUUCUAAAGCCUAUGGGAAUCUAGUGUGUGAAGACUGCACAAACUCCUCUGGGACCAACAGCAGCAAUGGGUCAUUCACUUGCAAAAACUGUCACUAUGACCUGAGUGAAAACAACUACAACCUGUUUUACAGCCAUAUAGAACCGCUAGUGUACACAGUGUCAGUUCUGCUGCCGGCGUCGUACAUCAUCGGCCUUCUCUUCACUCUGAAGACCCACUCACACAUCUAUGACAUCCACAUUGGUGAUAGUCAUGCCUCGGGUCAUCUGGAUGCAGUGGUGCACUGGUCUCGCUGGAGAGCUCUGCUCAUCCUGAUCAUCGCCACAGUGCUGAUGUCCGUCUGCGCUGACCUGACCACAGAGCACAUUCAGCCCAUACUGAACCACCCCGGCAUCUCUCAGUAUUUUAUAGGUGUGACCAUUCUGGCCAUGGUCCCCGAAAUCCCAGAGAUAGUUAACGGGAUUCAGUUUGCUCUGCAGAAUAACAUCAGCCUGAGUUUGGAGGUGGGGAGCUGUAUUGCGGUGCAGGUGUGCAUGAUUCAGAUCCCCAUACUGAUCCUCUUCAACGCCUUUUACGAUGUUGGCUUUGUGCUCAUCUUCAGUGACCUGCAUCUGUGGGCCAGCAUCUUCAGUGUCAUCAUCGUCAACUACAUCUUCAUGGACGGAAAGUCUGAUUACUUUCAGGGUACUGCUCUGGUGGUUGUGUAUCUCAUCCUCCUUGCACUCUAUUUUUUUGCUCCGUCUCCCGCUGGUUGUUGAGGAGGUGAAAGCUGAGCUGCUCUUAUCCUCACCAUCACUGAACCAAACUGAACCAAACCCACUUUAAAAGCGAAUUCUGCAUUUGACAAUUUACUUAAUCACAUCUUUACAUUCUUAACUGCUGCUGAUUGUAACAUGAAGAGCAAACUUACAGCUUUACGAAAAUAAAUGGCAUCUAGGUACUAUUAGUUCACUUGAUCUUCUCAGAUUGUGCUCUUUUAGGCUGCAAUAUUGUUAAUUAUUAAUACUGAUUUGUCUAAAGCACAGAGAUGAGAUGUUUUGCACUAUUCUGAAAAAACUGUUGACCGUAUUCUGUAUGAUACGAAAUGAAAAGCACUUUACCGAAAUGCAUCAGAGCUUGCUGGAUUUUCUUAAAAGCUUCAGUGGGUUAGUGGGCUUGGAUUUUUCUUUUUCAUGACCACUGUUGACCAGCCUUUUGUAAGCAGAAAAUACUGUUUAGUCAAGCCCACUGGCCAGCUGUGAUUGGUUUAUGUGGAAAAUUCAUCACAAGAACAUACGGCACAAACAUAGAACGCAAAUUUAAGGUGGAACGGGUAGUUUAGCCAGCUGGCUACCGAGGCAUUAGCAUACUAUUAGCGAUUUUUUAUACUUGUUAUGUAGAAAAUGACCAUAAUACAUUUAAAUGACAUUGAACUAAAACAAUACAGUGGUUAUUGUUUA